AUUUUAAUGUUGUGACAAUUAAUUCCUCUUUUCUCGUCACGUUGAUGUAAACAUGGAACUUCUCUGAAUGACACAAUAGUUUGAUGAGACUCUUACAAAUAAAAGGAAAGUUUAAAGUGUCAGAAAAAGUCUUCUCUUGUGCCCAAACUGUUUCUGUUUGGAGUUUUCCUCUCGGUGACAGACGCAGAGAGAUUUUACUAUUUUUUGUUUUCUACUUUUUUCACAAACUGCUGCUUCACUGAUGAAUAUUUAACCACAGAUACUGUCGUGUUCAGUCUGGAAUUUAAAAACCAGAUUCUGUGAGAAGACGAGACAAGAGACAAAGGUGUUGAGUUACAGAUAAUUUAAUCAAAAGAAUCUUAGUUCCAUGAAUAAAACAUGUCACUCUGCUUCUCCACAGACGAGUAAACGCCUCCAGACUCCCGGCACCGCCCCAACCUGCCCUGCCCACGCUUUAUAAACACAAGACGAACGAGGAGGGACUAAUCCAGGUCUAGGACUGCAGCAGGUCUACACCAGGACUAAACCAGGUCUGAAGCAAGAGACUCUUCACAGCACAAAGGUGUGGACAUGAAGAAGCUGUGGGUGGACUUGGACACGGGCGUGGACGACGCCCAGGCCAUCAUGUUGGCGCUGUCCCGGCCCAACGUGGAGAUCCUGGGCAUCAGCUGCUGCCACGGCAACACGCCGCUCAAGAACGUGCUCCAGAACACGCUGAGGGUGCUCAAAGUGUGCGAGCGCCUCGACAUCCCGGUGUACAAAGGCUGUAAGCUCCCCCUGCUGGCUCGGAAGCAGCACGCCAGCGACUACCACGGGAAGGACGGGCUCGGAGACGUCCCCGACCCGGACCCGCCCAGUCUGGACCUGCUGCAGAAGAAGAAAGGACCUGACGCCAUGGUGGAGGCCGUGAAAAAGAACCCCGGAGAGGUGACCCUCGUGGCCACUGCUCCUCUCACGAACCUGGCGGUGGCGGUGCAGCUCUACCCGUCCUUCCACACCAAACUCAAGGCUCUGUUUCUGAUGGGCGGGAACAUCAACUCCCGCGGGAACACGACGGUGUGUGGAGAGUUUAACUUCGUGGCCGACCCCGAGGCGGCGUACAUCGUCCUGGACCGAUUCACCUGCCCCACCUACAUCGCCUCCUGGGAGUUCAGCUGCGCCUCCAGCCUGCCCUGGUCGUUCUGUGAUCAGUGGUUGGCUCAGUGCACCGUCAAAGCUGAGUUCAUGAAGAAGAUCACCGAGGUCUCCAGAAAAAGGGCGCAGUCUCAGGAUUAUCAGAAGGAGAUCACGUCUGGUCAGGGCUUCAACUCGUGCGACUGUUACGCCAUGGCCGCCGCCCUCGACGAGAGCCUCAUGCUGCACAACGAACAGGUGGCGGUCUCCGUGGAGCUAGAGGGCGCUCUCACUCGGGGGAUGAUGGUGGUGGAUUACAUGGAGCUGCUGAAGAAGAAACACAAGGCCAACAUCAUGAAGAAGUUCGACCUGGAGAAGUUUCAGAAGAUGCUCCUGAAAUCUCUGCAGUGAAACGACGCCGAGGCUUCAGCAGCUCUGCCCGACGGUUUUAUACUCGUUAAAACAGGAAAAACAGUUUAGAGUUUAACUAAAAGUCUUCCUCUGUUCCCUUCUGCGUUCAGAGCAACUGAAUUAUUCACCACGAUGAGUUUAUGAGUUUUUCACAACUCUCAUAAAUCCAUCUGUCGUUCAUGUUCAGUCAUUUGUUUUUCAAAAUAAAAUCAAAAAUAAGAAAUGAAAAAAACAAACAAAAA